GGCGGGAGCCCCGCUAGCACAGGAAGUGGCCCCUGCGAGGGAGGAGGGAGAGGCGGAGCUCUGCCGCUCGGCCCGAGAUAUCUAGAGCCCAUGGCUGGAAGAUAGGAGAGUGUGGGGUUGCUGUGGUAUCUGCUCCUCUCUUUUCUCAAGGUGGCUGGACGGCUGUGUCUGCAGUGAUUUUUGGAUUGAAAACAAUGGGUAGAAAAGAUGCCUCCACAUCAAGGACUCCUGUUGACCAGUACAGGAAACAAAUAGGGAAACAAGAUUAUAAGAAAACCAGGCCUAUGUUAAGAGCUACAAGAUUAAAAGCAGAGGCCAAGAAAACUGCACUAGGCGUAAAGGAAGUUGCCCUUGUCCUUGCAGCUAUACUGGUAUUUUUGUUGGCUUUCUAUGCUUUUUUUUAUCUUAAUGUUUCCAAUGAAGUUGACCUUGAUCUGGAUCCAGAUGAAAACUAGUAGAUGCAAUGAAUCUAUCAUCAAGAUUUCUUCAGCUUCAACAAGACUACGUAGGAACACACAGACUCUUCACUGUAAGACAGUAAAUGAUGCCAUUUCUUUCAGUCCAAACUCUUAAGAAAGUUUUGCAAUACAUCGGUCACAUUCCAGGUCUCCAAAAUAAGAACACUUACGCCUGGCCAAGUGUAUUUGUUUAACACCAAAGCCAGGAGCAACAAUACAAUACAUGAAGUUUAUUGUUUACAUUAUUUUUUUCUCAGGCAGAGAAUUUUGAUUGUAAAAGACAGGUGCUACUAUUAUCAUGGGUAUUGAUGCUGACUUCACAGAAGUGUCUGCCUUGGCCAAAUUUAGGAAUCAGAGCUUCCUAAUAACCAAAUUAGUUUUCUGUUCCUUUCUGAAAAGAAAGCAGAAAUACCAAAUAAAGUAUUUUCUUCAUUUGUGUUUAAAAUAUAUUAAAACCCCCUCAUCCUUUCUGUCCCUUUUAAUCUUUCUCGUUAGUGUGUGCACAUGCAUGAAGAUGGAAGAAAUGGUAGGAAAAAAAUAUCUUUUUACAAACAGUCUGUCACCUUCUAUAUGGACUUAAUUUUCUGUCAUUCCAGAUUCUGUGUUCCCGUAGAUCUACAGUAAUCUUUUUCAUUCUUUUGCCAACUGUUCAGCACACAUGUGUUCUGUUAGAAAUGGCACCUGGAUGACAGAAGCUCGAACAUUCGCAUAUGCUUCUGAAACACAGUUCUUUGCCUCCUGUGCUGUCUGAACUAGUGUAAAUAGAAAGUUUAGUUGAUGUUAGUUUUAAUUAGUGUAUUGGUCUACUAUUCAUAUAAAGUCAAAAUUGUAUUUUAAUUAUGCUCUUCCUGAUGGUUUUGGUAUCAACUUGCUCUACCUGUUAGGGGCAUGUUGUAUAAAAACAUUCCUUUUCAGCUAUACAAUCAUUUAAUCAUCAAACUAAUGUGAGAGGCUGUAAGUAAUGUGAAAACUAUUUUUUUCCUGGCAUACUAAUAACUUGUAAAUCUUGGCUCCAUUGCAUCCUUCAGUUCUUGCAAAGUACCUUUCAAAUUAGGCACUUUAGAUAGCAUUUUUGUUCCUUUUGGUAGCCAAAAGCUACUUGAAGAAUUUGGUGUGUCAGAGCAGCUGCAGAGAGCUUUAAAAUUCUGGCUUUAUCCUGUUCUGCUUUGUGUUUGGCAUAUAACUGAGCUUGUGGAUGUAAAGACUCAGUUUUGAUCCUCUUAAAAAUGUGAUCAGUCUUUCUCUGAGAUUCAGUUCCGAUUCAGUUUAAUAUCAAGAACGUGUAGAGCCAUCAGUGCUGAAUGUGGCAAGGAAAUUUAAGUAGACUGACUUUCAGAAAAGUUUUCAUAAUUCUGCAGUUAGUGAGCUAGUUUGGUUUUUUCUUUGACAUGAAUUUCAGAGCUGAAUAUUAGAUUUAAUUGCAACUGAGGUAUUUACUGUCUUGUUCCUGGAAUGCCUAAGAUUUUGUAUAGUGAUUUUGAAGACAAAGGGAUACAAAUCACAGCAAAUAUUAUAAUGGGAAAUAUAUUUCUUUUAAAUUGACACAGUCCCAUUAUCACCACUUAAGAAACUUGGAUCAAUACAGUUAAUUUUUAAAACAUACAGUAACUAUGACCAUAUACAUUAUAAGUCUCUAAGAAUCCACUUCAUCUGUGUCAUAGUCUUCAUUCACUUUGUCAUGCGAAACAGCUCCUCUAGAAAUUCAGAGUACAAGUCUUCCAAAAAAUAUAUGAAAGAGAAAUGUAGAUAUGCACAUGUAUCUCAUUUUCUAAUUAUGACUGUUACAGACACAAAAUCUUAACAUUUAUGCAUGCUUAUGACUUAUAGUUUGCUACUAGUCACACACAUGACCAAACACCUUGCAACUUUUUCAAUAUAUGGUGAAGCAUUAUUUGACACAUGGCCCAAUUUCCAGUGGAGGGAAAUGCAUAUCACAAGCUGUCUCCUUGGAUGUGACGUGCCUUUCACUUCACCAGCACACAACCACAUGUCACAGAAGCUGCAGACCUGUCCUGUUACUUUACAUUAGCAGUUUUCAUUUUCUAUAACAUGCUGGAUACAGCUCUCCAGGUCAUGUAUGGUCUGAGAAAGAUGUGUAGUUACUCCCUUCACUCAGGUCAUCUCGUAACCUGCUCUCUCAAUUGGUUGCAUUAAAAAGCAAGCAAUUCUUACUGAAUGUCAAAUUUAUGAACAUGAAGUUCCUAGAACAGGAAUAUUCCAUUUCCCAAAACUAUGAAUCAGACCAAAUCUAAAGUGUGUAUAUAUGUGAUUCUGUCAGCUUCCCCAAUGUAUGGCUUAUGAGUCCAUAUUGCCCACAGUUUGCAGUUUGUCUGUUGUUUGGAUUAGGUCUUUCCAUUUGCAUGAAAGAUCAUAGAAUCAUGAAAUCAUUGAAUGGUUUGCGUUAGAAGGGACAGAAAAGAUCAUCUAGUUCCAAAACCUCUGCCAUGGGCAGAGACACCUUCUACUAGGGCACAUUACUCAAAGCCCCGUCCUGGUCUCAAACACCUUCAGGGAUGGGACAUCCACAACUUCCUUGUGCAACCAGUUCCAGUGCAUUACCACCCUCAGAAUAAGGAAUGUUUUCUUAAUGUCUAAUCUAAAGUUACUCCCUUUUAGUAUAAAUCAACUAACUCUUACAUUGUCAAGUACUAGAAGGAUAUUCUCAUGUAACAGGAAAAUUUAUUUUUUCUUAGACCCAGUAGACUUCUGUUCAGUCUUUGUACAAAAUACAUAGUAAGUAUUGCAGCAAAUACACGUCUUCUCUUACCAGUACAAUAAUUCCUAAUGGGACAUGUGACUUAUUUUGCUCUUAAUUAUAUCUGAGAUUGAAAUACGCCUUUUGGAUUUUGGACCAUUUAUCUUUGUAUGAGUUUCUCAGUCUUUAUUUUAUUAAUAAAUGAUUUUUUUUUCUAUUUUGAUUCUCUUAUUAAUGUUGAACACAUUGAAUUAUGUGUACAUUUGAAAGGACAU